AUGACCACAGCACUGCCUACUUUGGCGCCAACUACGACUACAACUACAACACCAGAACCAACUACGACUACAACACCACCUACUCAGGCACCAACUACAACUACAACACCAGAACCAACUACGACUACAACACCUACUCAGGCACCACUUACUCAGGCACCAACUACAACUACAACACCAGAACCAACUACGACUACAACACCACCUACUCAGGCACCAACUACAACUACAACACCAGAACCAACUACGACUACAACACCACUUACUCAGGCACCAACUACAACUACAACACCAGAACCAACUACGACUACAACACCACCUACUCAGGCACCAACUACAACUACAACACCAGAACCAACUACGACUACAACACCACCUACUCAGGCACCAACUACAACUACAACACCAGAACCAACUAUGACUACAACACCACCUACUCAGGCACCAACUACAACUACAACACCAGAACCAACUACGACUACAACACCACCUACUCAGGCACCAACUACAACUACAACACCAGAACCAACUACGACUACAACACCACCUACUCAGGCACCAACUACAACUACAACACCAGAA